AUGAAUGAGGGGGGACUAAAGGACAGACAUCGGAGAGAGUUAAAAGAGCUACAAGCAAAGAUCCAAGCUGUUAAAAAGUCAGUUCCAAAAGGAGACAAGAAAGCAAAGAAAAAAUCAGUCGAAGAAAUCGCGUUACUGCAGAAAGAGCUAUCUGAUAGACAUGAGCGGGAGCUGAAAGAACUUGAAUCUUUGUCAAAUGAAGUUGAACAUAUAAAUUUAGAAGAAGGCCACAAAGCUGGUGUUGUGGGAGAACAACACGAUGAGUCUGUAAAGAAGAUGAGUAAAUCAGAGAAAAGAAGAGAAGCUAAAGCUGCAGCAACCCAAAAGAAACUAGAGCAGAUCUCUGAACUGAGCUCUGAAGUAACCAAGCGCUCCACCGAACACCUCAAGAUCACAGAGCACCUCAAAUCUUAUAAUUUAUCAGUGUACGAGAUAGCAGCAGACGGUAACUGUAUGUUCUACGCGCUACAGCACCAGCUACAAGACCGGGGGUUACCACAAAGUGUGAACGAUCUACGCGAGACUGCUGCCAACUACAUGACCCAACACCAGGACGACUUUUUACCCUACUUAGUGCACCCUAAAACGGGAGACAUGUUGAGUUUGGAGGAGUUUGCUACUUACUGUCGGGAGAUUAAAACUGAUGGGGUGUGGGGUGGGAUGCACGAGGCUCACGCUAUCAGCUCAUCACUUAAAGUACCCAUCAAAAUACUUCAGGCGGAUGUACCUCCUAUUGUUUUUGGUGAGGGGUACGUGCAGGAGCCAGUUAUCCUGCUUUAUUAUAAACAUAAGUACGGUUUGGGAGAACAUUAUGAUUCGAUAACGCCGUGCAGGUAG